AUAAAGGAGCGCUCGCCGCUCCCGCUCGCUCUCCGGCGGGGGCUGAGCGAGGCAUCAUGGCCGCGAAGUCGGACGGGCGGCGGAAGAUGAAGAAAGGCGGCGAGGUGGCGUUCACGCCGCUGCAGAACUCCGAGCACUCGGGCUCCGUGCAGGCGCUGGCCCCGGGGCUGCCCGCCGGCUCCGGGCCGGGCGGCGGCAGCGACGACGACGAGGCGCCCGGGGGCGGGUGCUGCGGCGGCGGGGACGGUUCGGGCGGCGGCUCCCGCUGUUGCUGCUGCUGCUGCGGCGGCAGAGGAGGAGACGGCGGCGGAGGCGGCGGAGGGGGCUCCCGGGGCUCGGGCGGGGGCUCGUCCUCCUUGUGCCUGCGGCUGGGCAGGGAACAGCGGCGCUACUCGCUGUGGGACUGCCUCUGGAUCCUGGCCGCCCUGGCCGUGUACUUCGCGGACGUGGGCACCGACAUUUGGCUGGCGGUCGACUACUACCUGCGGGGCCAGCGCUGGUGGUUCGGGCUCACCCUCUUCUUCGUGCUCCUGGGCUCCCUCUCCGUGCAGGUCUUCAGCUUCCGCUGGUUCGCGCACGACUUCAGCACCGAGGACAGCGCCGCGGCCGCCGCCGGGCACUGCCCCGCCGCCGAGAGCAAGCUGCUGGUGAGCAGCGGCUCGGCGGCCGCGGACAUCGACGCCGCUCGCCCCUGCACGCCGCAGCGGCAGGCGUCCACCGCCAGCAAGAGCAACGCCACCAACAGCAGCAGCAACGGCAGCGGCAACGCCGCCGGCAGCGCCAGCGCCGCCGGUCCCCGCGCCGGCAGCGGCAGGUCGGCGUCCUGCGCCUUCUGUAUCUGGCUCCUGCAGUCGCUCGUCCACAUCCUGCAGCUCGGGCAGGUCUGGAGGUAUUUUCACACAAUAUACUUGGGUAUCCGGAGUCGGCAGAGUGGAGAGAAUGACAGAUGGCGGUUUUAUUGGAAAAUGGUGUAUGAGUAUGCAGAUGUGAGUAUGCUGCAUUUGCUAGCCACGUUUCUGGAAAGUGCACCACAGCUGGUCCUGCAGCUCUGUAUUGUUGUACAGACUCGCACACUCCAGGCUCUCCAAGGUCUUACUGCUGCAGCAUCUCUUGUAUCUCUGGCGUGGGCUUUGGCUUCCUACCAAAAGGCCCUCCGUGACUCUCGUGAUGACAAGAAACCCAUCAGUUAUAUGGCUGUCAUAAUCCAGUUUUGCUGGCAUUUCUUCACAAUUGCAGCAAGGGUUAUUACUUUUGCUCUGUUUGCCUCGGUUUUCCAGCUGUACUUUGGGAUCUUCAUCGUACUACACUGGUGCAUUAUGACCUUCUGGAUCGUCCACUGCGAGACAGAGUUUUGCAUCACUAAAUGGGAGGAGAUAGUUUUUGACAUGGUCGUUGGGAUAAUCUAUAUCUUCAGCUGGUUCAAUGUCAAGGAAGGAAGGACACGCUGUAGGCUUUUCAUUUACUAUUUUGUGAUCCUUUUAGAAAACACCGCCUUGAGUGCUCUCUGGUAUCUGUACAAGGCCCCACCAAUCUCUGAUGCAUUUGCCAUACCAGCACUGUGUGUAGUGUUCAGCAGCUUUUUAACAGGCAUCGUUUUUAUGCUAAUGUACUAUGCCUUCUUUCACCCCAACGGACCAAGGUUUGGGCAGUCGCCAAGCUGUGCUUGUGAGGACCCUGCCGCUGCCUUCACCCUACCCCCAGAAGUGGCAACAAACACUCUACGGUCCAUCUCCAACAACAGGAGUGUCACGAGCGAGCGGGAUCAAAAAUUCGCAGAGAGGGAUGGAUGUGUGCCUGUGUUUCAGGUGAGACCCACUGCACCGUCCACACCUUCAUCCCGGCCACCAAGGAUUGAGGAGUCUGUCAUUAAAAUCGAUCUGUUCAGGAACAGGUACCCAGCGUGGGAGAGACACGUGUUGGACAGGAGCCUAAGGAAGGCAAUCUUAGCAUUCGAAUGUUCCCCUGCUCCUCCACGGCUACAGUAUAAAGAUGAUGCCCUUAUCCAGGAGCGCUUGGAAUAUGAAACCACAUUGUAAACGAAACAAAACCAUAGCUGGAAGAAGCUCCAAUGUUACAGUCCAAAUUAAGGGUUGACAGUAGGGCUGUAGGAAUAACUAAACUGCGUACUACAAGUAGAGCAGCAAGCUGUAGUUGUUCUUAGUCUGGCUAUCAUCAUGAUUAUCAUUUGAUCCACUGUGUGCAGUCUGUCUGCAGGAUACUGAUACAGCAGCAGCACCAGAAAGCCUCAAAAAAAUCCAAACACUGACCCACACAUACAGAUCAGUUACUUCAACUGGGGAAAUCCACCCAUGACUCCUUGCCGCUAUGAAACACUAACUGCACAGUACUUACAAUCAAACCAAUGGGAAGGCUCUGACCAGAGCUGUCAACUUUAGCCAGUAGUGCAUUUUAUUUUAGAAAUUAAUGGUUGAUAUUUGUAUAAUCAAUGGCAAAAACAAACAAAAAAAUCCUUUACAAAAAUAACAAAACUGUAGCACUCAAUGUUGCUGUUAUGAAAACUGUUUACUGAGGAAAAAAUAGGAGCAUAAUAAUCUUCAACACUCCCAUAAAUCAACCAUUCAGAUUAGAAUAGGUUUGCUAAAUAGUUCUUAGUUAAAGAGAGACAUUGUCAUGUUUGUAAGGCUGUCAAUAGAAAAUAAACUAAAUUCUUAUUAAUUAAAUCAUAAACAUUAAUGAUACCAGAACUGUUUGGUAUUUUUCUGUGGAAUUUCAAAGUCUUUUUAAAUGCAAUUUCAUUUCUUUAUGUUAUUUCCAACAGAUGUCCUAUGUAGCUCACUUCUAGUUUUCAGGAGGAAUGAGCUCUAGCACGUAGUGAUGUAAAUUAAAUGAUAAUCAUGAGUCAGUGUUCAAUUUGAAAAAAAAAUAUAGAUAUAUGUGUAAAAGAACAGGGAAGUAUAGUUUUUGUAUUUUAAACUUUUUGGAGGAAUCCAUUCAGAUAUUUCAGAAGGAACUACAAGGAGAUGAACACACGGAAAUGCCUCUGUUUCAGGACUGAGAAUGCAUGAUCCAGUGUGUGAAUGUAUGCAGGGAUGACAAGAGACUGACAUGCCAUACCCUUCUAGUGCCAAACAUUGUAUAACUGCAAGGUUGAUAUUGCCUGAGGGACAGAUAACGAGUGGCACGAGCCCUACCAGAACAAGAAGCAGGAAAGACCAAUCAAGUUCUCAAUGUGUAGAGACAGUUCUGAUUUUUCCCACACGAGGUGAAAGCGAUGUCUUUUAAAGGCUUUCAGCCAUCUCUUAAUAAGUAUAUUCAUCGACAUAUAAUAUAAGCAAGUUACGUGGAAGACCCUCUUCUACCUGUUCAAGACUUGUGUCCAGAUACGUCUCAAAAUUAUAUUGAAUCUCUUGUAAUAGAAUGCUUUUGCUGCAAGCUUUUGGGUUUUAAAUACCUCCCUUAUCUAGUCAAUGGUACCCUCCUUUAUGUUAAAAGUAUCCCCUGAUGGUGCUUUCAGAUGCAUUAAAGGUGCAAGUCAAAAUUUGAUAGUAUUUUUUUUAAAGCUGGUGCAGAGUGAAAAACUCAUGAAUUAUUUCAAUAUUUUUGUAAAGUAAAAAUAUGGUAUAAAAAGGUUGCUUUUUAUAAACCUCAAAUCUUUUAAUACAUUUCAUUCUAUUUAUAGCUUAGAUUUUAAGAAUUGGUCCAUGAAUUUUAUCAACUGGCUUCUGCAGGUUGGUAUAAACCUGAUUUUCACACAUUAUGGAUUUGUUUUGCAGUGUAAUGCCAUAUGAAAGCCUACAUGGGUACUUUUAGAAUACUCCAUAAACCGUGGAUCCUGCUUCAAAUGUAAGUGGCCUGUAAAGACACCAAGCGAUUCCAUAAGAAGCAAUUUGCUGUAACUAUUUCCAUCCAUUUUAGGAGAGCGAAGCAGAACCGAAGAGUUACUGAUUUAAAUGGCAUUGUCAGGAUGGAGAAGACCUGAUGACUGGUAUUGUAAUCUUCACUGUCAGGUAUAUCCAGUGUAGUCACUGCUGUACAUGCUGCUGGGGAAAUUUCAGUCAUUCCUGUUAAUAAUAUUUGUACUAUGAAAUGGCAGAGGUUACACAGCCUAUGUUGAUUUGUAUGUGUUCAGUUAGCCCUUUCUAAUGUUGACUUUUUUUUAUUAGUGAAAUCUUCGAUACCUGUUGUUCUUUACUGGGGCGAGUUCCUCAAAACAUCUGUGGAAGUGCAGGAAUCUGCAAGGCAGAGGGAACUUUACACAGAUCAGAAAAUACCCGUGCUUCAAGGGUUUCUUAGAUAUUUUCAAAUUAAGCAGUGGCCGGCUGCCUCUAUAAUAAUUUUUUAAAUAAAACCAUUCUUUGAUAGUCCAAACCUGAAGCUUUGUACAAAAUGCCCUUCCCUCCAUGGAGAUACAGCUGAUUAUUUGGGGAAAAGCAUCGUAUUUUAUCAGAAAAUAUACCGCUGCAGGUGCUGCCAAAAAAAACCUUUUGGGAGCAAGUCCUUUGUAGAGCCUUCACUCCAGGAUCAAACAGCAGCUCGCAAAACAACAUUGCCAUUUUUAUUUACAAAUAAGGUAAAUGAUAUGCUUUGUAAUUUCUUUAGGAAACAGUUUGAUGUGUUUGCUGCUUCAGAAUUCCGAUGCUUCAGAACUCAGAAAUUUUAACACAGGCAGCACCCUCGAGCUCUCCCCUCCCUCCAGCACCUCCCGGGAAGAGGGGCAGCAUCACGGAUGUCAGUGAAGUUUUUCCUCUUCUAAUGUCCCUCUCGUUCUUGUCUUGCUCUUCCUCGGAGCUGUGAGCCCUUUGGUCAGGCCUUACAGAAGUGAUGUUGCUUUAUACAGAGUCUAAAGGAUUACUGCCUGGAACAGUGCUUGCCUUCAAGGUGGAGAAAAUUUGGGGUGAAUUUGAUUUGCUCUUGCUUGGCUUUGGAAGGAAGAACACAGAGGCGUUAUUUCUCCACGUAGUUUUCAAUAGCCAGCGUUUACUUUCUUUACCUUGCCAGCACUUUUUUUUUUAAUACUGUUUGCAAAUUUAUCUUGAGCAAACUCCUGUGGGGUCUGAGUGCACAGCACCAUCCACGGCAGUAUGUAUACACAGCUCAUCUUCAGAAUUCAAUCUGACUGAGGAAGGGGGAGAAGUCAUUUUACAUCAAGUUCAGAAUCCGCUCUCCAAAAUCUUGCUCUGUUAUGUUCGUAAUGUCAGUGAUAGUUGCACUGAGAACAGGGUGGUCACUGACAUCUUAACACUCAGAUGACUACAUGGACAGUUUCUUGAUUUGCUUUGCUGUGAAAAGAUGUAUUAAAAGCUGUAAAUUUUUUUCUAGAAACUGUCAAGUUUAAACAUAGUCCACAUUGAAAUUCCGUGAUGGCCUUAUGGAGAGUUAACAAUCAAUAUGCACUAUUCUUUUUACCACAAACAGUUUUAAAAUCAAUAAAGUUCAAUUAAAACAGCAAUAGCAAAAAAAAAAAAAAAAUUAAAAAUAUUAACUUCUGCUUUUGAAAUAAUGAAAAAAUCAGGUAUUUUAAAUUUCAUUCCAGAAUACAGGAGAAUAAAAAAGUUCACAGUUAUGAACUAUCUUUGUUAGAAGCAAGAAUUAUGUAAGCAUUGUUCUAAUGAACCUAACAAAUUUGCCAACAGUUUUAAUGGUAACUUAUCUGGUUAAAGACUUGUUCCUACAGUUUUGAGGGUUGUGGUUUCGCGUGUUACGGAAAAGACAAUGUUAGUAGUAUUCUCUACUCUAAUUAGAUAAAGGAGAAGUAAUGCAUACCCGUGUUCAUUCAGGAAAAAUAUGAGAAAAUAUAAGAUAAACAUUUUGUCUUAUUUUAAAAGCAAAAUUAUUUGUUCUACAAUAGCAUAAUCUUUUAUUUUAAAAAAAUAAUUGUUUUUAAAUGUGCAAUACUUUUUUUCCUGCAGAUUUAAUAAUGAAAAAAUACUCAUUUCCACUUUUGUUUACAUCAGUUUAAAUAUGCCUCUUGUGCUAGAACAAUGUUUCUGUGCUUGGGUUAUAUGGAUUUGAUGACAUAUAAACACUAUUUUGAUUGGCAUAUCAACAAAUUUUCUAUCAAUUAAUUACCACUGGAGAAAAUUUUCCUUCCAAAAUUAAAUGCUAGGCCACGGCUGCCUGAUUUUGUAAACUUUUAAGCAGAGGAGGUAAAUUAAAAUUUUAUUGGAGCUGUAAUUUUUAAUGGGUGGUGAAUAGCUAUUAAACACGAAUUUGUUUAAAGCAUUUGGUAGUCUAGCCAAUGUAUCAUUAUCUCCCCAAAAGAGCAAUUCAUGAGUGGUACUAAAAGUACAAGUGCUGCUUUAUUUGUAAAGAGACUCCAGCCACACAGUAUAUUCAUGUAGUUUUUAUUGGCCAACAAAUAUUUGCAACUAGCCUGGUUUUUUUAGAACCCAAAUUCAACAAUUUUGAAGUGUUUGUGGUUUGAUCAUACAACUCCUUAAGAGCCUUAAAAAUGGCAUUGUACUGAGUUUUAGUUGGCUCUGCCAGUGAUUCAGCUCCUAAAGCCACUGCCCUUUCACCACUCCAUCCCUGAAGUUGUGCAAUCCGGAGUUACUGAGAUGCUGUGGUUUACUCUGCAUCCCCUGCACUGCCUGCACAAUGCCAAGGAAAAGACUCCAGCAGAUUUCUGGGGUCCUACUGCUGCCUCUCUUUCUCCUGUGCAUGGUGGGAAGCAGAGUAAAUUGCUUUUGUGCAUCCGUCUAAACGAGCUUAUUUAGGUUGAGCCCCUGCAAGGGGUGCAUGAUGAAAAUAAUCACAACACGUGUCCAUGAAUUUACAAGCCCAACACUGUAAUUACUGAUUCUGUAGUACAACAAUGCAGAUUGUGGGAAGAAUUGUCUAAAUACACAAUAAGCCAUUUAAUUUUGCUAAUUGUAGCAAUUAGACUAGCUCACACGAAGCCCAUGCUCUCAGCAGAAAGCCAAAUGGAGUAAGUGGCAAAGAGCCAUUUAUAUACCAGAGACAUUAUGUUAUGAAAUCCUCCCUUGAUUGUUUAUAGAACUGUCAUUUCAUUAUAACAUUAAAUCAGUUCCUCUUUAUUCUGAUAAAACACAUAAAAUGCAAAAUGAAAACAGAUUCUUUUAACUCUGGAAAUUAAAAAAAAAAAAAACACA